AUGCAAGCACCGCCGUGCCACCUCCAGCUUCCUCCGGCUGGUUCUCGUCUCUUUGGUCCGAGUAAGAUGGACUCCAUCCUUUUUACUCUUAGUAGAACACCAUGCUUGCCGGUUCGACCAGCUUCCUUUUCUGCAAUCCCCAGUUGCUGGCCUUGCCUUCAGAAGGAUUUCAGGAUGUUUCUCCACAGCUCCUCUGAUCGGACUGGCCGGAGGCCCACCUUUCUCCGGCGAACUUCACCUACUUCCUCUGCUGACUAUCAGCUCACAGUCGUUUCUCUGCCCGGUAAAGACUUGAACUUGGAGCCCAUGGAGGUCACACUCAAAAUGGCGAAUUAUUUCUGGGCAUUGUUAAUCCUACAAGUUAUAUCUGGAAUAUCGGUUGGGUUUCUGUGGUAUUUGGUAAACAUGACAGUAUCUGCUGGAAGAGGGGGUAUAAAACUUUGGUCCUUUUGGUUGAUUGGCGACAGACGACUUUCAUGGAUUGCGGCGCUUGCUUCUCGAGUCUCAUUGUUCACUAUGAUGUUACUCAUGGUUGGUUCGGCUCUUUGCAUCAUCCAUUUGGUGAAGAAGGAGAAGUUGGAACCUGCUUGGCCCAUGUACAAAAACCGGUUGCAAGAGCUGGUUCAGAAAGCAGGGUUGUCACUCCCGGUUUAUCAGAGUGUGAAUGAAGGAUUUGAUCAUGCACCAAAGUUUAGAGCUUCUGUUUUGGUUGGUGAAACUAAAUACACAUCGAACUCAACCUUUCCAGAUCAAAAGGCAGCAGACCAGGAUGUUGCGAAAUUGGCCCUGGAAUCUGUGAAGAACAUCGCACUCAGACCUAAACUAGGGCCCCUCCUUGUUCACCAGGAACCUACGUAUUGCAAGUCUAUCCUGCACGAGUAUGCCGUGAAGAUGAACCUGCCUAUCCCGAAAUACCAUACAAUUCCCAUUGAAGGACCAAGGGCAGUGUUCAAAUCUUCUUUUGAAUUUUGUGGUGAAACUUAUACUAGUGGAGAAGCUGAAAGCAAGAAAGUGGCGGAGCAGCUCGCUGCAAAGGCAGCAAUCCAAUCACUUCUUGGGCAGCUUUACAAAGUAAUCCAGUCGAAGGAGAAAUUUUUGGCUUCUUUAUUUGCUAAGAGGAACUCAGAUAAUGAGGGGACCCUUAAGUUGACUGUUGAGCAGCCAGAAACUACUCCUGUGCAGCAAGCAAGCAUCUGGGCUGAGUUCAUUACUGAGGAUACUGGCCGCGGAGCUUUUCCUGUUACUGGUGGAGGUGGGAUCAACAAGCAGCUGGAAUUCAAGGCUGGGGUGCAGAACAAGUUUCAAAAUAUUGGCUGUGGGAUCAGUAGGCAGCAAGAAUUCACAGCUGGGGUGCAGAACAAGUUUCCUGAUACUACUGGAAGUCGGAUCAAGCAGCAGCCAGAAUUCAGGACCGGGGUGCAAAACAAGUUUCCAAUUGCUGGCAGUGGGACUAAAAAACAGCCAGAAAUCGGGAUUGGGGUGCAAAACAAAUUUCCAAAUACUGGAAGUGGGAUGAAAAGGCAGCCAGAAUUCAGGACCGGGGUGCAGAACAAGUUUCCGUAUUCUGGGAGUGGGAUCAAAAGGCAGCAGGAAUCCAAGCCCCGGAUGCAGAACAUGAAUCAAAGUUAUGGAAGACCUAGUCGCAAACAGCCUUGA